CACCGGGUGACCGGGUGGUCCCGGUGCCCCAUCCCCAGCGCCCGUGCGACAUGGUGGCCAUGGAGACCUUUGGGGUGGCAGCGUCCCCACUGUCACUCCGCCGCUGUCCCUGUGGCUGUCGCUGCUGUGGGGGUGGGCGGGGGGAGCUGCCCCCCGCGCUGCGUCUGCGCCUCCAACAUCCUCAGCUGCUCGCAGGCGGCGCUGAGUUCGGUGCCGGUUCCGCUGCCCCGCUUCACCGCCGUCCUCGACCUCAGCCACAACAAUGUCACCCGCCUUCCCGACUGGGCUCCGGGCCGCCUGGCCCAUCUCCACUCCCUCUGCUCAGCCACAACGGGCUCAGCUUCGUCUCCCGAGGCUUUCACCAACGUCCCGCACCUCCGACACCUCGACCUCUCCUCCAACCGCCUGCGGGCUCUGGAUGAGAACCUCUUCAGCGACCUGGCCGAGCUGGAGGUUCUCCUCCUCUACAACAACGAGAUCUCCACCGUCGACCGGACCGCUUUCGAGAACCUUUCCCACCUCCGCAAGCUUUACUUGGGUCAGAACCGCAUCGCCCGCUUCCUGGAGCUGCUGCGGGACGGGACCCGCCUGCCCCAGCUGGCCCUUGGACCUCUCGGCCACCGGCUCCGGAGCUUGCCGGUGGGCGAGCUGCAGGCGCUGCCGGCGUGGCUGCGGGACCGCCUCUACCUGCACGCCAACCCCCUGGCCUGUGACUGUCACCUCUUCCAGCUGGUGUCCCGCGGCCACCGCCGCCGCCUGAGCGCCGUGAUGGAUUUCCAGGAGGAAUUACGCUGCGUGCUUCCCACCUCCCGGCGCGUCGGGAUCCUGAGCCUGGCCGGCCGGCAGCCCCUCAACUGCAGCGAGGCGAGGGAAGCGGUGCUGGAAGGCCACUUGGGUGACACGGUGACCCUGAGCUGUGACACUCGGUUGCAGGGGGUGCAGAGCUGGUACUGGGUGACCCCGGGAGGCGAGAAGGUGCCGGAGGAAAGCGGGAACGGCAGCACCCUGCUCCUGGCUAACGGGAGCCUGCAGCUGCGAGCCCUGCGCCCCGAGGAUGCCGGCACCUACUCCUGCUGGGUGGGGGGUCCUGUCCUCAACGAGACCCUCUACGUGGAGCUGCUGGUGCACAACUUCACCCUGCACGGUCCCCACGACACCCUCAACACCGCCUACACCACGCUGGUGGGCUGCAUCCUGAGCGUGGUCCUGGUCCUCAUCUACCUGUACCUCACCCCCUGCCGCUGCUGCUGCUGCCGCGGCCCCGAGAAGCCCCCGCCCCCCCGCGAUGACAGCAUCAACUCCUCCGUCCUCAGUGCCACCCCCAACCACGCUGUCCCCGGGGAGCCCUGUCGGUCCCGCUCGGCCUCCAUCACCGACCCGGGGCAGAACGGGAGGUUCAAGGUGGGGGCACCCCCAGCCCCCCCUCGGCACGGCCCCAAGGCGCAGAGGAAGGUGUCAGACCCGGACUCCGUCAGCUCCGUCUUCUCUGACACCCCCAUCGUGGUGUAGCUUGGGGGGGGUGUGGACAGCCCCCAUGUCCCCGUGUCCCCACCGCUGCCGGGACCUGUCCCCAAGGGAUGCACCGGGGGCAGCCGGGAACCCGCUGCUACGUCCCCACCUUGUGGGGGGGACGUGCCAUCACUCCCUUCCUGGACCCAUCCGAGGUCACCCCCACAGAGCUGGCACCACGGAACCACCAGGGACAAAGGGGUGGCCGUGGCGACAUCGGGGGGGCAGUGGCCCAUUGCCCACCUGACACCAGAGAACUGCAGGUGACAGCGCUGGGACAGCGGGUGCUCCCCAGGGGUGGCAGCAUCAGGGUCACCCCACGCCAGGAGAUGGUGCCAGGGCCCCACUUUGUUGAGCCCCACCCUCGCCGUGCUGACCCGCCCCCCCCAGCAUGCGGAUCACCAAGCAUGAGCAUGUGCCACCCCGGGGAGCACUCAGUGGGGCAUAUGAGGUCAUGUCACCCCCAGGACCCCCAACACCCUCCUGCACCCCACAACUGUGCAACACACAGCAGCAAGCAGGCCCCCCACCAUGCAGGAAGUGAGACCCCCGGGGUUCCAGCACCCCAAUGCUGGGGUGCAAAUCCCCCCCUCCGACCUGUGUCCUCACAGCCCGUGUCCCGUCUGUGUCCCCUCCCCAGGCUGUGCCCCCCCCACCCCCCAUGCUGGCAGCUGA